GGGAGGUAUAAGAAGAACGAGGAAGACGGCUCUCUGCGGUUGAACUAGGAGGCUGUGUUGUGUGGAUUUCAAAGGAAACAAACAUGGAGAUGUGGAAGUUCUGUGGGGGCAUCGUCAGCUUAUGCUGUCUGCUGGCAUGCACUGCAGCCUCUGCUGAUGUGUUCGACGGCGUUUUGGGAAAUACAGCCUCCUGCCAUAAUAUGUGCGAGAUGACCUACAGUCUGCACACUUACCCCCGGGAGGAGGAAUUAUAUGCCUGCCAAAGGGGCUGUCGUCUCUUCUCCAUUUGCCAGUUCGUGAACGACGGCGACGAUCUCAAUCAGACCAAAUCCGAAUGCGACUCUGCCUGCCGUGAAGCCUACUCCCUGCAGUCAGAUGAGCAGUAUGCCUGCAACCUUGGCUGCCAGAGCCAGCUGCCUUUCGCAGAGCAGAGGCAGGAACAGUUGCUGGCCAUGAUGCCUCGGAUUCACCUGCUGUACCCACUAACACUUGUGCGAGGGUUCUGGAAUGACGUCAUGAGUUCUGCACACAAUUUCAUCACUUCCUCUUGGACAUUCUACCUCCAGGCCGAUGAUGGUAGAGUGGUCAUAUUCCAGACUGAGCCGCAGAUCCAGUUCAUUCCGCAGUUUGCAGUGCCAAAAGAUGAAAUUCAGGAGCAACCGGAGAGCUUGUAUCGUGGACUGAGCAACCCUGUUUACAAAGACUACCACCGAACCUACAUCCAGGAGCGUGAUGGGGACAUGCUCGCGGACAGCAGCAACUCUGAGGACAACUAUAAUCUGUUCGGUUGUCUCUCAAGGAACCCUUGGCUCCCAGGCUGGAUCCUGACCACCACUCUGGUCCUCUCUGUUCUGGUCCUUAUCUGGAUCUGCUGUGCCACCGUGGCUACUGCUGUAGACCAGUACGUCCCUGCGGAGAAAUUGAGCAUAUAUGGGGACAUGGAGUGUGUGAAGGACCAGAAACUGAUCCCGUACCCGCCCUCCUCCCUGGUUAUCAUCAACUCUGUGGCAGAAGAGGAAGCUGGCCCUCUACCCUCAAAGGUUAACCUGAAUCAGUCCAACAUUUAGGGGCUGCAGAAGAUCAAUGCAGAGCCUCCAGUUCUUUUCACAGUCUUACUCUUAGACAUUAAACUUAAUCUUUCAGAUGCAGGAAGAUUUAAAGAGGAUUGAUCUUUUAAAAUGGAAAGGUAAUUUUGUUUUUCCUCCAGACCUCAGAUUAGGGUAAGGGAUAUUCAUUAAUUGUGUCUGUAUAUUUGCACUUUUGUGGCAUAACAUUACCAAAACGACAGCACACUGUUUCUGCGGUGUAGGAUUGGCUUUGUGUGGUGUCUGUAAGGCCCUUACCUAGUAUAAUAUGAAGUGAUGAAAUGGUUAAGCUGUUGAACUAACUGCUUUGUGGGUGGAUUGGGCUUGAAUUCCAGGUUUUGUUUGCCACUGCAAAACCCCAAAAGUGGGUUAAUUUGGUGGGUUUUGACAGAUUCUUAAUGGUGUCAUGUGCUUUCCUGAGCUUGAGUUAUGUAUUUCAAAUGCACCAGUGUCUUUUACUCUAUGCUUUUUUUUGCAAAAAGGCUAAGGUUUAAUUAAAUUAGAAUUAGCUUGUGGUUUAAAGGAAUUUUCUGGAACUGGUAAAAAGUGAAUGAAUUUGGGUCAUCAGGAAAUUGUAUCUUGACCCUGUUGGAUAUUUUGAAGGUAGGCUAUGCAGUUAGGGUUUUAGAUAUCCAUAGGGAUUUGUAACUUCUUGUAUUUGUUUUCAUUAAAAGGAUUAAAAUAAAACUUUUUGAAGUUGAA